GAGAGGGGAGGGAGAGAGAACGCAAGGAUACGGCAAGAGAGACGAAGGUCGAAAAGCGAAGAACUCGCGGCGACAGAGAUUUGCCGGCGAAACGAGGAGACAUAGAAGAGAGAUAGGGAUAGAUAGAGAGAAGAAGUUCUAGGGUUUUGGUCUGGAUUUUUUCUUCUUCUACAUCGAUCUGUUUUGAUUCUUUUGAAAGUUCAAUUGUCCCACGUUCAUUUGGAUUAGUCCCAGCUCCAUUCGGGGAUUCUUGAUCCGGCGUGCUAGGUUUUGCUAUUCUCUGGGUUGCCGAAUUCAGUUGGUGUGAGCAUACGAGUAACUUGGAGGUGGGUUUCGAAGCAUGAGCAUCGACAGCCCAGGUGGAGGGGAGAAUUAGGGUUGCGUAGAGUAGAGAGAAAGAGGCGGGAUUUCCAUGGGCGAUGGGGGUGUCGCAUGCAUGCCUUUGCAGAAUAUCAUGGAGAAACUUCCAAUUGCGGAGAAGACGCUUUGUGGAGGCAAUACUAGCACGAAUACUGAUACAACGGACAGUGGCAUCGUAUCCAAGUCAACUAAGCCCCCUGAGUCUAAGCCAGCCAAGAAGAAGAAGAUUGUUAAAGUGAUACGUAAAGUGGUCGUGAGGAAGCCCAAGCAGCCGAAACAGCCGCAGCAGCAGCAGCCACCACAGCAGCAGCAGCCAGAGCAACAGCUGCCACAGCCGGUUCAGCCUCCAGCCGAAUCUCAGCAGCAGAAAGAACAGCAACAGGAGCAGGAUGAAGUGGAAGAGGGUGAAUUGGGUACAAUAAAGUCUCCUGGGUAUUUGGAGAACUGCGAAGUUGUGCCUGAAAGGUCGCUCCAGAGGAGUGAGAUAGCUAAGGGAGAGAUUGUGGGCGAGAGUUUGAAGAAAGAUGAAACAGUUAAAGAAGACUUCUUUUCCUCAAAAUUUCAUAAAGGGUAUGUUGAGAGAAGGGAUCUUGCGGUGGAUAAGAGCAGGAAAGGAGAUAAAGAGAAGAGAGAAUUCAGAUCAUGGAGAGAUCCCUGCGAGGAAAUAGAGAAGGGAGAGUUCAUUCCAGACAGAUGGCAUAAAGCGGAUGCAGUGAGAGAUGAUCAUAGUUACAUAAGAUCUCGCAGGAAUGAAUUAGACAGAGAGAAGAACUGGAAAUAUGAUUACGAACAAACCCCACCUGGUGGAAGGUUUUCUAAUGAGGAUAUUUAUCGGCGGAGAGAGUUCAGAAGCGGACAUGAUAGAACUUCGAGGAUCAGUUCUAAAAUUGUAGAUGAGGAAGGUUUACAUAAGAGCGACUACACCAAUUUCAAGAACCAUGUGAAGGAGUACUCUUCAUCAGCCAAUAAAUUGAAGCGACAUGGGACUGAGACAGAUGGCAGUGAACGCAAAUAUUGCUACGGGGAUUAUGGGAGCUCUAAAAGUAGAAAGCUUUCCGAUGAUAGUUCCCGUCCUCUCCACUCAGACCACUAUUCACGACAUUCUGUGGAAAGAUCAUACAGAGAUUCUUCUUCCUCAAGAAUGGACAAGUAUCCUGGUAAGCAUCAUGACUCAUCUUUUCCUCCCAGGGUUGUUUAUGAAAGGCAUGGACACAGCCCUGGGAGAUCUGAUCGGUCCCCGCAUGAUCGGUCUAGGUACCAUGAACACAGGGAUAGAAGUCCAAUCCGUCGGGAGAGAUCGCCAUAUACCCGGGAGAGGUCUCCUUAUAAUCGGGAGAGAUCACCGUACAAUUACGAAAAGUCUUCAUAUGUUCGUAGAAGGUCUCCACAUGAUCGCAGCCGGCGCCAUGAUUAUAGAAGAAGCCCAAGUUAUUCUGAGUGGUCACCUCAUGACCGUACUAGGCAUAGUGAUUGCAGAGAACAUUCUCCUAAUCAUUUGGAAGAUACCCAAAUUGAUCAGAGUAAGCGCAAUAGCCACAGAGAUGUAAGCAGAAAAAGUGGAGGGCGAGAGAAGAAGAAUUCUCAGAGUGGUAAAAAGGAACAAGAAAAUAAGCUCAGGCAAAAUGAUUCUAAUGAAAAAGUGUUGUCAUCAUCGACCAAAGAAUUGCAGGAUAAAAGCAGCAUUUGCAAUAGUAAUCCAGUGGACGAGAAACGUUCUAUCUGUGAUUCAUCUAAAGAAGUAAAAUACCCAAGUUUAAGUUCAGAUGGAAGAGAGUCUUUGCAAGUUAAUGAUGUCCCUAUGGAAGAGUUGCCAUCAAUGGAGGAGGAUAUGGAUAUAUCUGAUACUCCACCACAUGUCCCCAUGGCUGAUUCGUCCUCGGGAAAAUGGUUUUAUCUUGAUUAUUAUGGUGUAGAGCAUGGGCCUGCAAGGUUACCCGAGCUUAAAGCACUUAUGGAGCAGGGCAUUCUUUUCUCAGAUCAUAUGAUUAAACAUUCUGAUAGUAACAGGUGGGUAACAGUUGAAAAUGCAACUUCACCUGUGGCCUCCAUGAAUUUUUCGUCCAUUGUGUCAGAUGCAGUGACACAGCUUGUCAACCCUCCAGAAGCUCCUGGUAAUCUAUCAGAAGAUGCUGCAGAUACUGCCGGGCCAGAUUAUGUAGGCAAAAAGGCUGGUGGCUCUUUACCAGAAUCAGUUUCUGUGUCAAAUGCUGAUGAAUCAUUGAUGGAGCUUCGGGAAGAUUUCCAGAUCGACAAGAGGGUUGCAGAUCUCUUAGAGGGUUAUACCAUAAUUCCUGACAGGGAGCUUGAGACUCUUGGAGGAGCUUUGCAUGUUAAAGUUGAGCUUGAAGACAUGGGAAGCUUUGUGACAUCUAAAGAUAUCACAUGGCGCCUCCUUCAAUUAGCAAAUGAUGAUGUUUUAGUGGAUCCUGGGUUGUCAGGGCACUCUGAGCUCAAGGCAGGGGAGACUGGAGAAAUCAAGUUAGACAAUGAUUAUGUUUUUGACGAUGAGAUAUGUAGCUGGUCUUCAGGGUUUUGGUCUUGCAAAGGUGGGGACUGGAUUAGAAACGAAGAAGCUUUGCAGGAUAGACAUUAUAGAAAGAAAAAUGUUCUCAAUGAUGGUUUCCCAUUAUGCCAGAUGCAAAAGUCUGGUUAUGAGGACCCUCGGUGGCAUCAUAAGGAUGACUUGUACUAUCCUUCGAAUAACUUUAGGCUUGAACUUCCCCCUUGGGCCUUUUCUAGCAUGGAUGAGAGGAAUCAGGUGAGAGGAGUGAAGGCAAGUAUGCUUCCAGUGGUUAGGUUAAAUGCUUUGGUGGUUAAUGACCAAGGUUCAUCUGUUUCUGAUUCUCACACAAAAGUUCGAGGGAGGGAGAAAUACUCUACAAGACCUGCUCGACCAUCCCCGGCACCUAGUGAUUCUAGGAGAACAUCAGCUGAAAGUUGUUCUCACUCGAUAACUUGCAAUGGCCAAGACUCAGAAGGCUCUUGGAGAAUCAGCACAUCUAUUACCCCUAAAGACCGUCUGUGUACAAUUGAUGAUUUGCAAUUGCAUUUGGGUGAUUGGUUCUAUGUUGAUGGGGCAGGGCAUGAACAAGGACCUCUGUCAUUUCCAGAGCUUCAGAUCAUGGUGGAUAAGGGUAUCAUACAGAAUCAAAGCAGUGUUUUCAGAAAAUCUGAUAAGCUUUGGGUCCCCGUUAUUUCGACUGUAAGAACACAUGAAACAACCAGCAAGACUCAUGGAAAGAACCAAGCUUCGUCUUUAAAUGGUCAUGGCGUCAUUUCAGAUCCAGAGGAUGCCAAGAGUUCUCAUAAAGAAACAAGUUCAAGUUUGUUUCAUAGUCUGCAUCCUCAGUUUCUUGGGUAUACCCGUGGAAAACUCCAUGCAUUGGUUAUGAAAACGUUUAAGAGCCGGGAGUUUGCUGCUGCGGUAAAUGAAGUUUUAGAUCCUUGGAUCAGUGCAAGACAGCCAAAAAAAGAGAGUGAAAAGUACAUGUACCAAUCUUCAGAAAUUGAUUCACGUUAUAUCAAACGAGCUCGGCUGAUGGCUGAUGAGAGUGGACAAGAUUCCGAAAUGAACGAUACACAGAUCUUUCAGGAGGAAAUGUCGUUUGAGGAUUUGUAUAGAGGUGAUACCUUCCAUGUUGAAGUAAGUGGAUCUGUUGACCCCGAGGGGGUUACUUGGGGUCUGUUGGAUGGUCCCGCAUUAUUGCGGGUGUUUCAUUUCUUGAGGUCUGAUGUUAAAUCCUUUGCACGAGCUUCCCUGACUUGUAAACACUGGAAGGCCGCUGCUAUGUUUUACAAGGAUAUUUCACGACGGGUUGAUUUAUCGUCUCUGGGCUCCAACUGCACCGAUUCAAAGCUCUGGAGCAUCAUGAAUACUUACAACAAAGAGAAGAUAAAUUCUAUAAUUCUGGUUGGUUGUACAAACGUGACUGCUGGCAUGCUUGAGGAAAUUCUCCGUGCAUUUCCAUCAAUAUCUUCCAUAGACAUUACAGGAUGCUCGCAGUUUUGGGAUUUGGCACUCAACUAUCAAAAUAUAAACUGGUUCAGAGGCCGCUGCCUUCAUUCUACCGAAUCACAUUCCAGGGUGAGGAGUCUGAAACAGAUUACUGAUGCUGCUACAUCCAAGGGUAUAAGGGGUGAUAUAGAUGAUUUUGGCAACCUCAAGGAUUACUUCGAUAGAGUGGAUAAGCGAGACUCAGCUAAUCAGUUAUUCCGAAGAAGCUUAUACAAACGGUCAAAAUUAUAUGAUGCAAGGAGAUCAUCAGCCAUACUUUCCAGGGAUGCUCGUAUCAGGAGAUGGGCCAUUAAAAAGUCUGAAUAUGGGUACAAGCGAGUGGAGGAAUUCCUUGCCUCAAGACUUAGACACAUCAUGAAACUGAAUACUUUUGAUUUCUUUGUUCCGAAGAUUUCUCAAAUUGAGGGAAAAAUGAAGAAUGGUUACUACAUUAGUCAUGGUUUGAGGUCUGUCAAGGAGGACAUCAGUCGGAUGUGCAGGGAAGCAAUAAAAAUGAAGAAUCGUGGUGGUUCUAGAGACAUGAAUCGAGUCAUUGCACUGUUUAUUCAACUUGCCACACGUUUGGAGGAGGUCUCCAAGGUUACUUCUUCAUAUGAAAGAGAUGAGCUAAUGAAGUCAUGGGAAGAUGACUCUGGAUUCUCUUCAACUUCUAAGUACAACAAGAAGCUGAGCAAGGCAGCAUCUGACAGGAAGUAUAUGAGCAGGACUAACGGCACAUCUUUUGUAAAUGGUAGUUCUGGCUAUGGAGAGUAUGCAUCUGAUCAAGAAAUCAGAAGGCGUUUGUCUAAAUUGAACCGCAGAUCCUUUGAUUCGGAGAGUGAAACAUCUUCUGAACUGUCAGACGAUGGCAAGAGUGACAGUGGUAGCUCAACUUCAGCUACAGAAAGUGACUCAGAUUUCCGUUCGGAAGGCCGUUCUGGGGACUUGCGUGCAGAUGGAUACUUUAAAGCAGAUGAAACGUUUGAUUCUGCAACUGAAGAGCGUGAAUGGGGUGCACGUAUGACCAAAGCUAGCUUGGUGCCACCUGUGACUAGGAAAUACGAAGUUAUUGACAAGUAUGUCAUCGUUGCGGAUGAGGAAGAGGUCCAACGAAAGAUGAGAGUAUCUCUGCCAGAAGACUAUGAAGAGAAGCUCAAUGCACAAAGAAAUGGCACUGAAGAGUUAGAUAUGGAACUUCCUGAAGUAAAGGAGUAUAAACCAAGAAAGCUUCUUGGUGAUGAAGUUAUUGAACAAGAGGUUUAUGGAAUUGAUCCUUAUACACAUAAUCUUUUACUUGAUUCGAUGCCCGAGGAAUUGGACUGGUCCCUGCAGGAGAAACAUUCAUUUAUAGAAGAUGUAGUGCUUUGUACCCUGAACAAGCAAGUAAGACAUUUCACUGGAUCUGGGAACACUCCCAUGAUGUUCCCUUUAAGGCCUGUGAUCGAAGAUAUAAAAGAGAAUGCUCGUGAAGAGUGUGAUAUACGGACAAUGAGGAUGUGUCAAGGCAUCUUGAAGGCAAUAGAAUAUCGUCCUGAUGAUAAAUAUGUCACUUACCGAAAGGGCCUUGGUGUUGUCUGCAACAAACAAGGUGGUUUUGGAGAAGAAGAUUUUGUUGUAGAGUUCCUUGGAGAGGUUUAUCCUGUUUGGAAAUGGUUCGAGAAGCAAGAUGGGAUCCGUUCCUUACAGGAAAACAAAACAGAUCCUGCUCCAGAGUUCUACAAUAUAUAUCUUGAGAGGCCAAAGGGUGAUGCUGAUGGAUACGAUUUAGUUGUGGUCGAUGCCAUGCACAAGGCAAACUAUGCAAGCCGAAUAUGUCACUCUUGCCGGCCUAACUGUGAAGCUAAGGUUACUGCAGUGGAUGGACACUACCAGAUCGGUAUUUAUUCAGUGCGUUCAAUUCAAUAUGGCGAGGAGAUAACAUUUGAUUAUAAUUCUGUAACCGAGAGCAAGGAAGAGUAUGAGGCAUCUGUUUGCUUGUGCGGUAGCCAAGUAUGCCGAGGGAGCUACUUAAAUCUUACUGGUGAAGGGGCGUUUCAAAAGGUAUUGAGGGAAUUGCAUGGUGUGCUAGAUCGACACCAACUAAUGCUGGAAUCGUGCAUGCUGAAUUCAGUUUCGGAAGAAGAUUAUCUUGAGUUGGGUAGAGCUGGCCUGGGAAGGUGUUUACUCGGCGGGUUACCUGAUUGGGUGAUCGCAUAUUCUGCUCGGGUGGUGAGGUUCAUCAAUUAUGAGAGGACAAAGCUUCCCGAGGAAAUUCUGAAGCACAAUCUGGAAGAGAAAAGGAAAUACUUCUCAGAUAUAAGCCUUGAUGUUGAGAAAAGUGAUGCCGAGGUUCAGGCUGAGGGUGUCUACAACCAGAGGCUUCAGAAUCUGGCUGUUACACUUGACAAGGUGAGAUAUGUUUUGAGAUGUGUGUUUGGGGACCCGAAGAAUGCUCCUCCUCCAUUGGAGAGGCUUACUGCUGAAGAAACCGUCGACUUUUUGUGGAAUGGGGAAGGCUCCCUGGUUGACGAGCUUCUUCAGUGCAUGUUGCCUCACAUCGAGGAAGACGUCCUAAACGAUCUGAGAUCCAAGAUUCGUGCCCACAGUCCAUCUGGAUCUGCCCCUGAUAUCCUAACGGAGCUCCAGAGAUCAUUGCUAUGGUUGAGAGACGAGAUCCGGGAUCUCCCAUGUACAUACAAGUGUCGGAACGAUGCUGCAGCUGAUUUAUUUCACAUAUAUGCUUAUACAAAGUGUUUUUUCCGCGUCCGGGAAUAUAAGUCAUUCACAUCUCCUCCCGUACAUAUUAGUCCACUAGAUUUGGGACCUCAGUAUGCUAACAAGUUAGGUGCGAGCGUAAAGGAGUACUGUAAGACAUACGGCGAGAACUAUUGUAUAGGGCAGCUGGUUUUCUGGUAUAACCAGACAAAUACCGAUCCCGAUCUCGCUUUGGUGAGAGCAAGCAGAGGUUGCUUGUCCUUACCCGACGUCUCUUCCUUCUACGCCAACAACGUUCAGACACGCCGUGUUUACGGCCCUAAGACUGUAAAACUGAUGGUAUCACAGAUGUCGAAGCAACCUCAGAGAGCAUGGCCUAAGGACAAGAUAUGGACGUUCAAGAGCCGACCGAGAGUAUUUGGCAGCCCAAUGUUCGACGCCGUCUUGAAUAACUCUUCAUUAGACAGAGAAAUGUUGCAGUGGCUAAGACACAGACCCGUCGCUUUUCAGUCGAUGUGGGAUCAUUAGUCAACUUCUCUUUUAUUCAGCGGGUUUAGGUUUGGGUUUAUAGAAGCUGUUGUCACACUACCCGGGGAUUAUUUUUUUUAAAAGUGAGCCUCUUUCUAUAAUUCCCCGCGUUCUCACCCAUUCAUGUAUAGCAUUUGCCAUCUCUCUCCCUUUCUGUAAUUUUGAUGUAAUUCAUAAAAUGUUGGAUUUCUGUUAGGAUUUAGGGUUUAGGAUUUACAGAUUUUUCAUAUUAAAGAAAUAUUUAAUUAGGUUUUAAUCUAA